UAUCAGUGAGCCUCAGCAUGACCACCGUGUCUACAUGAUCGUGCUUCCAUGCACAAUCCUCACGACAUUCAAGACGAGAGUCUAACAUCAUGACAGCAGUUCCUAUCCCGGCACCCCACCAGAAUGGUCGCUGGACGCGACCAUCGAGCCUACUACCGAACACGAAAUCAAAGAUCCCUUGAACCCCGAUGCGGACAUUGUCUGUGUUGAGACAGAAAAAGCAAAACCAAAAGAGAUGGAUUGUGGAAUCUGUCAGACUCACCUCACUCAAGAGGUUGGUCCAAACUGCACUAGCUGUGCGCAAAGCACACUGUAUGCAAUUCGGCUCGAACUUGCACGAGUGUUGAUAGAGAAAGAAGGCUUCGGCAAGAAGGUUGAGGCUAUCAUUGCUGAUACAGAUCCGGCUGAACCAUACGACAAUGAGCUGGCCAUCCUCAGAUCUGCCUAUCAUUCUCAAGUCGAGUCCUCUGAGGCUCAGAUCCUCCACGAAGAACAUACAGAACUGAGACGCCGCCUAGUCAUCGCUCAGAAAGAAUUAGAACUCAAAGAAGAGAAACGCGACGAGAUGGAACGCAUCCUCAAAGACCGCAGAGCCAAUCUGGCAGCUGCAAGGGUCGCUCAAGCCAAACGUGAGGACAUAGCUUUGGCAGAGUUCAGAGAGAAGGGUAUGCAACUGAAGGCUGAGCAUGACAUGGUCCAUAACAAAGUCGUCGAUGCCAAAGCGGUUUUAUGCCGAGAGUCUGCAUUGUUAUUGGGUCUACGACAUGCCAAAAAGAAGACCAAAGACGGUGAGAUCAAGGAUUGCUACAUGAUUGGACAACUUCCUCUCCCCGAUCUCAAGGACAUCAACAAUGUUCGCUGUGUUGACCUCACUGCGGCCCUUGACAACACUGCUCGCUUGGUCUUUCUCUGCGCCUACUAUCUCGGUCUUCGAUUGCCUGCCGAGAUCACACUUCCUCAUCGAGACUAUCCCCUUUCCACCAUCAAUACGCCGCAAACAUCUUACUUUGGACACCGCAUUGCGUUUCCUGGCUCAGGCUCAAGCCUGUCUGCACCUAGUAGCCCCAGUGCAUCUCGAGUCGAUCUCAGCUCAUUCUCUCGACCACGUCCACUAUUCAUCGGCUCCUUUGACGCCACGGAAGUUGUUUCACAAUAUGCAAAAAAGGAACCCCUUGCUUUCAACUUCUUCAUAGAGGGCAUUUCUCUUCUGGCAUGGGACAUUGCUUGGCUUUGUCGUACUCAAGGUUUCGUCCAAGGCACUGAAUUGUGGGAAGAUAUCAGCGACAUCGGUCGUAACCUACAUCAGAUGAUCAUUGCACAGCCAGAGUCACCAGCAACAUUUCGAACCCUUACUCAGCGGGACUUGCAGAUUCGUCAACGUCGCUCCCAGAGCACAUCGUCGCCUUCUUCUGAAAGCAGAAUGAGCGUCGGCCGUCUUGGUUCAGGCUCUCAUACGUCAGCUCAUACCUUCCUCGGUUCUGCCGCUGCUGCUAGAGACAAUCCAGCUCGCAACUGGCGCCUCAACAAGUACACCAUGAUCAAAGAUCCGCUGAAGAAGCAUCUCCUUGGUGAAAUGAAUACGGCCGAGUGGGAGCUCUUGGACGAACAAGAGUGGGACGAUGGAGGAGAGAAGAUGGACGACGCGGUCGUCGUUAGAACCCGUGGAAUGGAUGGAAAGGAGUACGAUCAAUCGAGAAAGAUUGGUGGUGGCGAGGGAAGGGGAACGAGUGGCUGGACCAAGGUCAAGAGCCGUUAGAGGCCGUACAUGGCCGGCUCAAUGUUUAUGAUGAUGAGAUUACGCAUUGUUGGAGUUUGGGAGGUUGCCUCAGCUAAAGCCAGGCUGAAUGAAGCCCUUUUUGGUGGCUUUGAAUCUUAGAUAUCAAGAUACCCCAAUCCAUACCUCAUGACUUCAGUAA